UAUGUUGUUAUUACUGGGCCUUACCUAUGAGUGGGGCGGCGCCACGGCGGGCCUUGGAACCAGUGAAGGGCGACGGGUGAGUCAGUUCACCCGACCCGUCAGCAGAAUGGUCCUCAGAGGAGCCCGGAACGAGAUAUCCCGCCAGCUCACUCUCCUGGUGCACUACGUCGUGGAGAAUUUCUUGCAGGAGUGUGAUCUGUGGCUGCUACGCUCGCCCAGCGACUACCUGGGUGCCUCGCUUUCUGCUUCCCUCCAGCAGCUUGGGCGACCCUUGAGGCUGGUGGGUCCAUAUGUCUCCGAGAGAGGCUUGGAACUACCGGAGGCCACUCAAACCCGGGGCAGGGCCUGCUCUGCGUACAUUAUCUUCGCCAGCAGCGCCGAGUCCCUCCUCUCGCUGGUGGAGUCCUCGGGGUUCCAGUCACAGCUUCACUACCUGGGCCGCUUCAUCUUCGUGACGAGGGAUGGGGCGGGGGCGGCGCGGCUCAUCCUCGGCAACCCGGUCAUGGCUUGGCGGCCCCACGCCCUUCUCAUUAAGGAGUAUCAAGGGGUCGGCGUUUCAUUAUUCAAACUAAUAACCGAUGAUGUGAAGUGCCAGACGUUAAUUUCCUGCAGAUAGUUCAGUUUUGUCUCUCCUUGUUAGCUCAGUUGUAAACAAUAUAUUUCCUAGAGUAAGAAAAUUGUUGGCAUUUUAAGCUGAGAUAGAUGCAGAGUCGCGUCUAUCGUAAUAUUCUAUCUUCACAGUUAUGUAAAUGCUUUUGUGGAGUGUUAUAAGAAAAUAGCUUGAUUUUUCCUUUAAAUUGAAUUAAUAAAAUAACGUUUGACUGAAUAUCAUUUUUGCUCUGCCUCUGCGUCACGUUCAUGUGGAAACAUGACAUUCCAAUCCACAGAUUUCGGUAAUUUCUGAAGAAAUUCCUUGAUCCGGCAGGUGAGUGGCGUGAGCUACGACAUCUGGAGCCACGAAGUGUUCCGCGAGGACGUGGCGGAGCGCGUGCGCCUGGUGGAGCGGUGGCGGCAGGGGGCGGCGCAGCGCGGUGCCCACCUGUUCCCCGACAAACUCCGAGACUUCCACGGCAGCGAGCUGCGGGCGCUCACCUUCCAUUACCCGCCCUCGAUCGUGCAGCUCAAGGCUGAAGGGGAAGAACAUCGAUUCGACGGUAUGCAGUGGAUUAUAACAUAUUACCCGAA